AUGGUCGAUAUUUUUGCCGAAGUUUUCAAUCUGAUGUCAGAAGAUCCUGCUUUUUCUGUGGGGCAUGAUACGCCUGACUUUAGAAAGCCAAGCGCGAGAGUUGCGACCACUCAGUUGAUGGUAGCAAGUUCUUUGGGACUUUUCGCAUUACUUUCCUUUUCUCUUCUAUUGAAAAAACUACCGAAACUUUAUGCGAGCCGCAUGGGAAGGCUGAAGAACUCGCUUCCCACAUGGAAUCAACAGUCACUAUUUGGUUGGAUUCCCGUUCUUUAUAAAAUCACAGACAAGCAGGUUCUCGAGUUUGCAGGCCUAGAUGCAUAUGUGUUUUUGGGUUUUUUUAAAAUGAGUAUAAAGCUUUUGGCAAUAUGUUGUGCAUUUUCCAUGUGCAUAAUCUCUCCGAUCAGAUAUCACUUCACAGGAAGGUACGAUGACGGAAAUGAGGAAGGGUUUUAUUUGCAAAGAGUAACAGAGGAUCCACUUCCUGGCAACGAGGGUACUGUGCCCGAAUCUGUAGAGCUUUACCUUUGGAUGUAUGUGGUAUUCACUUUCUUUUUCACUUUCCUAGCUUUGUAUCUUCUAGUUGAUCAGACAAAAAAGGUAGUGAGUACCAGGCAAUCUUAUUUGGGAAAGCAAAACACUUUAACGGAUCGGACAAUUCGCUUAUCGGGCAUCCCAGUGGAGCUUCGUAGUGAAGUUGCACUAAAAAGACGUAUAGAGGAGUUAAAGAUUGGAAAAGUUUCUUCAAUAACAAUAUGCCGAGAGUGGGGCCAUUUAAAUCAGUUAUUCCAUUAUAGGAAACAAGUUCUCGAAAAGCUAGAGCUCAGGUACAGCGAAUGCCCAGAGAGUUUACGUGACGCUGAACACUAUGACGAGAAUUAUAAUCUGCAAAGUGACAUUCAACCGGAAAAUACAGAAAGUGAGGAUGUGCCAGUUCUGGAAGGUACCGACACACAGGAAGUUGAAGAUAACCACAUUUAUUCGCAAAUUAAACUGAAAGGCCGUCGAAAGAUGAAAACGGGUGUACUCGGUUUAUUUGGAGAAGAGGUUGAUGCCAUUGACUUCCUAGAAAAGCAGUUAAAAUUCAUCGACGAGGAAAUAAAAGAAGCUAGAAGAAAAGAGUAUCCGCCCACCCCGACUGCAUUUGUAACCAUGGAUUCAGUGGCGAACGCCCAAAUGGCUGCACAGGCUGUUUUGGACCCAAGAGUGCACUUUUUCAUGACUAGAUUGGCGCCAGCGCCUCAUGACAUUAAGUGGGAUAAUGUUUGUCUUUCAAGAAAAGAAAGGCUAACCAAAAUAUAUUCUGUAACGGUUUUCAUUGGACUUUGCAGUUUAUUUUUCAUUAUACCGGUGUCUUAUUUGGCGACUUUAUUAAAUCUCAAGACUAUAACAAGAUUCUGGCCUGAUUUGGGUCGUUUUUUGAAGGAAAACCAGUGGGCACAAAAUAUCGUUACUGGAUUGCUUCCCACGUAUAUUUUCACUCUUUUGAAUGUUGGAAUACCAUACUUGUACGAAUAUAUGACAUCAAGACAAGGCCUUGUAUCUUAUAGUGAAGAAGAACUUUCUCUUGUAUCCAAAAAUUUCUUCUAUAUUUUUGUCAACCUAUUUUUGGUCUUUACAUUAGCGGGAACUGCUUCUAAUUACUGGGGGUACUUGAGCGACACGACGAAAAUUGCCUAUCAACUAGCAACAUCCGUAAAGGAAUUUUCCCUAUUCUAUGUUGACUUGAUCAUUUUUCAAGGUAUUGGCAUGUUUCCCUUCAAGUUACUAUUGGUAGGAAGUCUAAUUGGCUUCCCUUUUGUGAAGAUCAAGUGCAAAACCCCUCGUCAACAGAGAGAUCUUUACAAGCCGCCAAUUUUCAAUUUUGGCUUACAGCUUCCUCAGCCAAUAUUAAUACUUAUGAUAACGCUAAUAUACAGUGUUAUGAGUACUAAAAUACUGGCAUCUGGUUUGGCCUACUUUGUGAUCGGCUUUUAUGUCUACAAAUAUCAGUUGAUCUUUGCAACUGAUCAUUUGCCACAUUCAACGGGAAAAGUGUGGCCACUGGUGUACAGAAGGGUGAUUCUAGGUUUACUAUUGUUCCAAUUGACCAUGGCAGGAACUUUAGCAGGCUUCCAAGGUGGAUGGGUAUUAUCUUCCUGCUUAACUCCUCUUCCAUUUGUAACAAUAAGCUUCUUGUGGGAUUUCGAGAAAAACUAUUUACCGCUUUCUUAUUUCAUUGCUCUCAGCUCAAUUCGUGAACAUGAGCGUGAUAACACUACGGUAUCACAGACAGUUGAGGGCGAAAGUUAUGAAUAUCCAUUUUUGGUUUCACCGCUGGAGAGACCCAUCAUAAACUGA